GCUCGGAAUGUGAUUCUUUUUCUAUGUUAAGCUGGUUUAGGGAAGCUGUGUUGGAGACUAAUCCUGGUUCUUCAGUUGUUCUUGAAGUUGAUGAGAGUACCGAGAGGUUUAAAAGGGUUUUUGUAGCUCAUGCUGGCCAAAUUCAGGGUUUCAAGUUCAGCCUACCUGUUUUAUAUGUUGAUGGUGCCCUUGGAAAGAGCAAAUACAAGGGGCAGAUUCUUGCUGCAACUGGAAGAAAUGGAAACAAAGGUUUCUUCCCUUUAGCCUUGUGUUUUUGUGAUUCAGAGACUGAAGAAAACUGGUUGUUUUUCUUCAAGAACUUGAAGGCUUUGUUGGAACCGCAAGGAAGGAUUAUCACAUUCAUUAGUGAUCGUGGUGUUGGUUUGUUGAAGGCAUUUGAUCUCAUUUUUCCUGGUAAUCCUCAUCUUUACUGUUAUCAUCAUUUGCGAUACAACCUUAGUCGAAAGUAUAAGAACAAAGGAGGGGAAAUUGUUGUUGCUGAUGUGUUACAAAAAUUCUUUAAAGUGGCUUAUACAUCGACUGAGAAGUCUUUCUACUUUCAUUUAAAAAAUUGAGAGAUGAGGGUGGUGCUGCUACUA